UCAUUAGGGUCACAUUGUGUGUGACUGUCAGUGUGUGAGAGAGAAAGAGGGAGAGGGGUGAGCGGUAGGGAGAGAGGGAGGCUGCUUGUGACUGAGAAUGUGAGAGAGGACAACAGAGGAGGACGGAUCGGUGGCAGAAAGCAGGAGGCGCUGCUUGCAGUCAGGAGGAUGCUCCUCUGACAUGCGGACCUUCUCUGACGCCACCGGCUCUACCUGACCGCCGACCAGCCGCUCACACACCGGGGAGCUCGUGGUUUUAUUUUCCCUUCUCCACAGUCUCUCCGCGCCGCCGCCGUCUCUCUCUUCCCCCGGACCGGCUUCUGUCGCCAUGCCGCCGGCUGCCCGCUCGGUCCGACUCCGCGGCACCUUGCCUGCGGUGCUGUGGGUCUGGCUGCUGUGGAGCAGCGUCUCAGCAGGAAAUAAAGAAGUCCCCACAGUCCCCCUCUCAAUUCAGUCUCCAGUGUUGACAACAGCCGGCACAAGGGAAGACGGAUCUAAAGGUAAAACUUCCAGCCUCGCAGCAGAAGGUUUCCUGCACUCUGUGCUGGCCCAAAGAGGACGCCUCGUCUCCAAGAAAGGGGAGGUCGUCCCCUCUCCACUGCCCCAGAAUCUGCUUCCUCUCCUGGGCAGAGGACUCAGUGUCAACUCCUUCCAUGGAAGCAACCCCCAGGAGCAUCAAAGCGAGGGAUUACCGACGAGGGAGAAGUCCUCAGCGUCAGCUGCGGCGUCGAGCCAGGGCAGCCGUCCAAGCCAACCGCCGUCCACAGACACACAGUCUCAGCUGCCUCACACAAGGACACACACACCUGAGCCAGAGGCGGAAAUAACCACUGUACCAGACGUGGACACUGAAAUGCCUUUAUCAGCUGCAUCCAGCUGCAUGGUGAAUUUCUCCGACCCAGAGGGAUACAUAGACUCCUCUGACAACCCGCCUCUGCCCGACGGCCUCUUCCUGCACUGCACCUACACCGUGACCGUGUACACUGGCUACGGCGUGGAACUGCAGGUGAAGAACGUGAACCUGUCGGACAGCGAGCAGCUGUCCAUCAGGGGCGUAGACGAUCAAGGCGCCACACUGGUUCUGGCCAACCACACGCUGCUGGUGGAAGGUCAGGUGAUCCGCAGUCCCACCAACUCUCUGUCUGUCUACUACCGCUCGGCACCAGAGGGGAGCCUGGGCCUCUUCCAGCUGCACUACCAGAUCUUCAGGCUGAGUUGCUCACUUCCAAAGAGACCUCACUUCGGGGAGGUGUCGGUGUUGGACCUGCUCCCUGGAGGCGUAGCCAGCUUUCACUGCCACAUGGGUUAUCACCUGCAGGGGGAGCCGCAGCUCACCUGCAUUAACGCCUCGCUGCCGGUCUGGAGCGGCAAGGAGCCGACCUGCAGGGCUCUUUGUGGAGGGACGGUGAAGAAUGCCACAGUGGGGCGGGUGCUGUCGCCGUCCCCCCACCAUGGACCAAAUGCUACUUUGGACCGUUCUUGCUCCUGGUCCCUGGAGGCACCAAAAGACCAAAGACUACAUCUGCACCUGGAGAGGCUGGCCCUGGGGCCGACCGACAGGCUGGUGUUGUGGAGCGGCCUGGACGCCGGCUCCGUGGUGCUGUUCGAUUCAGGGCGGGGUGGGCAGAUACCCUUUGAGGGGGUGAUCAGCGAAGGUCCGGCUGUGAGGGUCCAGUUCAUCACCGAUCAGCCCAACCAUGAGACCGGGUUUAACAUCCGCUAUGAAGCUUUUGAGCGUGGCCACUGCUACGAGCCUUACCUCCAGAAUGGAAACUUCACCACAUCGGACCCCUUGUACGGCGUGGGAACGGUGGUUCAGUUCACUUGUGACCCCGGUCACUCUUUAGAGCAGGGCCCUCCGGUGAUCGAGUGCAUAAGCGCCAGGGACCCGUACUGGAACGACACGGAGCCGCUCUGCAAAGCCCAGUGCGGCGGGGACCUGACAGGUCCGGGCGGAGUGAUCCUGUCCCCAAACUGGCCGGAGUGGUAUGGAGAAGGAGAGGACUGCAGCUGGAGGAUACACGUCGGCGAAGACAAACGAGUGCUGCUUGAUGUCCAGCUACUAAACAUCAGCGACAGCGACAUGCUGACCUUCACGGACGGCGAUGAGGUCACGACCCGGAUCCUGGGGCGCUACGUUGGAGGCAGCAGCCCCUUCAAGCUCUCGUCCAGCACGCCGGACCUGACCGUCACCUUCCACUCUGACCCUGCCGGCCUUGUCUUCGGGAAGGGGGAGGGGUUCAUCAUCAAUUACAUCGAGGUUUCCCGGAACGACUCCUGUCCCGACCUCCCUGAGAUCCAGAACGGCUGGAAGACGACGUCGCACGUGGCGCUGGUGCGAGGAGCUCGGAUCACCUACCAGUGUGACCCCGGGUACGACCUGGUGGGACGGGAGACCCUCACCUGCCAGCUGGACCUCUCCUGGAGCUCUCAGCCCCCCUUCUGCGAAAAGAUCAUGUACUGCUCCGACCCGGGACACGUGGAGCACUCCACCAGAACCCUGUCCGAUCCCAAACUGCUGGUCGGCACCACCAUUCAGUACAGCUGCAGCCCCGGUUUCGUCAUGCAGGGCGGCGCCACCAUCACCUGCUACGGCCGCGAGCCGGGGACGCCCGUGUGGACGUCUCGACUCCCUCACUGCGUGUCUGAGGAUUCCGUUUCCUGUGAGAACCCCGGUCUCCCUGACAACGGCUACCAAAUCCUGUCCAAGAGGUUGUACUUGCCCGGCGAGUCACUCACGUUCGUCUGUUACCAAGGUUAUGAGCUCAUAGGAGAGGUGGCCAUUAAGUGCAUAAUCGGGAACCCUUCGUUUUGGAGCGGCCCUCUUCCACUCUGCCAGGCUAACCGUGACUGCUUUGGCAACCAUGCUUUGGAAGUUGCAGAGGCGACGGCAGGCUCCCCUCUGGAUGGAGGAAACGUAGCGCUAGCCAUCUUCAUCCUGGUUCUGCUGCUGUCUGUGCUGCUCGGAGGCGCCUACGUCUACGUCACGAGGUGCAGAUAUCACACCAACCUAAGGUUGCCACUGAUCUACCCUCACCCUUACCGACAGAUCACUGUGGAGACAGAGUUUGACAACCCGCUUUAUGAGACAGGAGGAGACACUCGUGAAUAUGAAGUAUCAAUAUGAGACAUUUCUAAAGACACUUCUGAAGCAACCACCCGGCGCUGACACCUCAUCAUCCCUCCCUGACCCUUUCUACCCAGGAGGAGGCCAUGUAAAUACAAAUAAUGAUGUCCAGCCCCUCUCUGUUACAAGACAGUCACUCAUCUCCCCCUCCCCCUCCCUUAGAUGUGAUAGCUUUUGUAGACAUAAUGGGAAACUGAAGAGGAACCUGUGAAGCAAAGAGAUAUUAACACGAGUCAGUGACACAUCGGCGGGAGGCGAUAUGGACUGUAGUAAAGGAAGACGUCGGGGACAGGACGCCGCGGGAGGAAUUAGAGGGUCAAAACAUGUUCUUUUUGGGAGAAACUAGAUUUCUAAUAAUUUUUCCUUUCAUUUGUAACACAGCUGCUGUCGGACCUUUUUUCUGUAGAAGCCAAGUUAAUGUAUUUUGUAGUUACCUUUGUCACUGGAAGAGUUUGGCAUUUCUGUGCUAAAUUUAAAACGUUUACAUGCAGGAAAUCAACAGAAAACAAUCAUAAUUUAUUUCACAUUCAAAAUCUAGGUGAGAAAUUUAUUUAUUUAUUUUUUUUUGGAAAGACCAAAUUGAAAUGUAAAUAUUGCAAGCUAGUUGAGCGACAUAAAAUGCCGCUGCAGUCUAUUGCGUCAUACCUAUCAGACUAUAGGGGGCUCUGCUGUGCUGUCAGAUGUAAAUAAUAGAUUUAAAGGCGCAGUACUAUGUAAAAUCUACUUUUUUUAGCUUUACAUCAUGUCAUAAUGUUAUUCCCUCAUCAGAACCAUACCUGGAGUGCUGCUUUGAUUCUGCAUGUUUGAGAAAUCCUUUAAUCUCCCAUGGCAACCAUUCAGCUGUGCAAAGCUAUGCUUUACUUAUACUGAAUCAGCUGAAGGGACAAAACUGAUACAAGUAAUACAUGUUUAAGGCACUUUGUUUUAUUGUCAGUCAAUUUCUUUUGGAUUGUUUCAAAAUGGAGAAAUUAACUAAAUCCCAUUCCUGUGGAAAAAGUUAUUUUUGAAUAACAUUGCCAAAAAAUGUCCCACACCAAUAUACACCAAAAAAAUAAGGCAAAUAUAAACAAAUUAAAUAAGAUUUUACAAUGGUAUGAAAAAAUACUUUCCCCCCCUUAGAUUUCUUUUUUCACACGGAAAGAAAAUGUCCUGCCAUCAAUUAAUAACCUCAAGGGCAAAUCACUGCAGGUCAUCUUCUGCAUGAGCCACUUACCUGAAUGAAUCAUCAUCAGUGAAUAAUGGCCUAAGUAGCACUAGUCACUGCUACAAGAUUAGCAUAGCAUUUACAGGCUGUAGCAGGGGAGCGUACAUGAUGCGUCUCAUGUCUGAAAAUGUGUGCAACCUGCUUUAUCUACAGCUCACAUUCCAGUAGAUGGUCAGGGAAGUGAUACUAGUUGUUUUUUUUAUCAAAGCUGCAGUAGGUAACUUUUAUAAAAACCAAUGUUUUGUGCAGAUUUCUUAAACUAUGUCAGGACAGUAUAACAGACAUAUAAACUGUGGAAAAAAUGAGCUUCUUUGUCUCAAAAAUCCCCAGAUCAGAAGCAACCAAUCAGAGCCAGGGGGAGGGUCUUAGCGCUGUCAAUCAACCACAUAUAUCAAUAUGCUAAUGGCGGAGGAACAAUUUACCUUUCCAGGAAAACUGUUUAUCCGUUGUCAUCGGUGGUCCUGCUAACUACCGUUAACAUUCAUGACAGGCUCCUUUGCACAGAAGAAGCAGCGGGGCAGCAGUGGGUGAGGGUGCAAGCAACACAUACAUGAGCAUGAUUGACAAUGCUAAGACCCUCCUCCUAUCUCUGAUUGGUUGUUUCUGACUGAGCGACAUAUUUGUUCAGAGGGCAGGAGGAACACAGAAAGGAGGCAGAGGUGGUGGAUUUUUUUUCACAGAAAAUUUGUCUCGUAUUGUCACGACGUGGUAACAGCUUUAACAAAUACAUAAAAUAUAUGCAUAUUUUAUAAAAGCCACAUACUGCAGUGAAUUUGUGAAACAGAAAACAGACAAACAAUAGUGUGCUUGGGUUACUAAAGUCCAGAAAGAAAACAAACAAGUAAAAACUCCUGUCCAUCUGAUUGCACUGGAACUUUAACACAUUCACAUUUGAACAUGGGCCACUCCUUCAAUUACUUCAUUUAUUCAGGUGCUGCUAACGCUAAGGGGGAAUUUCUCUGUCCACAUUGGUGAGUCAUGUUCUCUUCCCAAAAGCUGACAAUACUAAGAAGGAAAAUGUAGCGUCUUUCAUUUUUUAAUCCAGUCGGCCUAACACAGAAAGCCUCCUGUCCCCAGGUGUCCACUGAGGGCCAACGCAAAACUCUUGUCUUCUUCCGUUCGCAUGCAGCUGGAUUAACAGACACGUCAGGAGAGGCUGGUGGUUAGAGAGAGAGAUCAAGUCCAGGCUUCACUGCGAGAUGUGAAAUGCGUAGCUGUAGUUAACUGAUCAGUAUUAAAGUGCAAAUCAAGCGAUCCCAGAAGAAGACGUAUUUAUUUUGAUGUACUGUAAAUGUGACGUUUUAUGCAGAAAAAUAAAUGUACAUUUUCAUUAUGACUGGACAAAUAUGAUCAGUUUACUUAAAUAAGAAGUAAAACUUGAAUUAAAAAAAAGUGUGAAAAAGUU